GGCGGAUGGGCGGGCGCGGGCGGCGGGGCGGCAGGCGGGGCGCGCGCGGGAGCGAGGCCGCGGGCCGGGCGGGCGGGGCGCAGGCCGGCGGGCGAGGAGCGCGCCCCGCGUCCGAGCCCCGGGCCGGGCCCUGAGCGCCGCCGCGGUGGCCGCGCCAUGGCGGAGACCAAGAUCAUCUACCACAUGGACGAGGAGGAGACGCCGUACUUGGUCAAGCUGCCCGUGGCGCCCGAGCGCGUCACGCUGGCCGACUUCAAGAGCGUGCUGAGCAACCGGCCCGCGCACGCCUACAAAUUCUUCUUCAAGUCCAUGGACCAGGACUUCGGGGUGGUCAAGGAGGAGAUCUCGGACGACAGCGCCAGGCUGCCCUGCUUUAAUGGCCGUGUGGUCUCUUGGCUGGUCCUGGCUGAGGGCGCCCACUCGGAUGCGGGGUCCCAGGGCACUGACUGCCACACGGAGCUGCCGCCGCUGGAGCGGACAGGUGGCAUUGGGGACUCCCGGCCGCCCUCCUUCCACCCCAAUGCGGCCAGCAGCCGUGACGGCAUGGACAGUGAGACAGAGUCUGUGGUCAGCCACCGGCGGGAGCGAGCCCGGCGCCGGAACCGCGAGGAUGUCUCACGGGCUAAUGGACACGCCAGGGGCGAGCGGCGGCGGGAGCUGGGGCUGCCCCCGGACAGCGCGUCCGCAGCGCUGAGCAGCGAGCUCGAGUCCAGCAGCUUCGUGGACUCGGAGGAGGACAACACGAGCCGGCUGAGCAGUUCCACCGAGCAGAGCACAUCGUCCAGGCUCAUCCGAAAACACAAGCGCAGGCGGCGGAAGCAGCGCUUGCGUCAGACUGACCGAGCCUCCUCCUUCAGCAGCAUCACAGAUUCCACCAUGUCCCUCAACAUCGUCACGGUGACGCUCAACAUGGAGCGGCACCACUUCCUGGGCAUCAGCAUCGUGGGCCAGAGCAACGACCGCGGGGACGGCGGCAUCUACAUUGGCUCCAUCAUGAAGGGGGGCGCUGUGGCCGCGGACGGCCGCAUCGAACCGGGGGACAUGCUGCUGCAGGUGAAUGACGUGAACUUUGAGAACAUGAGUAAUGAUGAUGCAGUGCGGGUGCUGCGUGAAAUCGUGUCCCAGACGGGGCCCAUCAGCCUCACAGUGGCCAAGUGUUGGGACCCCACGCCUCGCAGCUACUUCACCAUCCCAAGGGCUGACCCUGUGCGGCCCAUCGACCCCGCUGCCUGGCUGUCACACACGGCGGCACUGACUGGAGCCCUGCCCCGCUAUGGUGCUAGCCCCUGCUCCAGCGCGGUCACCCGCAGCAGCUCCUCCUCGCUGACCAGCUCGGUGCCCGGUGCUCCACAGCUGCCGGAGGCGCCGCUGACGGUCAAGAGCGACAUGAGUGCCGUGGUGCGCCUCAUGCAGCUGCCGGACUCGGGCCUGGAGAUCCGCGACCGCAUGUGGCUCAAGAUCACCAUUGCCGACGCCGUCAUCGGGGCGGACGUGGUGGACUGGCUCUACGCGCACGUCGAGGGCUUCAAGGAGCGGCGUGAGGCGCGCAAGUACGCCGGCGGCCUGCUGCGGCGCGGCUUCCUGCGGCACACGGUCAACAAGGUCACCUUCUCCGAGCAGUGCUACUAUGUCUUCGGGGACCUGAGCGGCAAUCUUGCAGCCCUAAGUCUUGGCAGCGGUCCCGGCGGGGCUCCAGACCAGGAGGCCCCAGCUCCGCCACCACCCCCCACGGCCCCCUGGUCCUUGGGCCAGGGCUACCCCUACGUGUACCCUGGCCCCCCGCCCUGCUUCCCGCCCGCCUACCAGGACCCUGGCUUCAGCUACGGCACUGCUGCCAGCCAACAAAGUGACGGCAGCAGAAGUGGCGGGUCCACCCAGAGCAGCCGUCGGGCCCCUGGCCGAGAGGAGCGCCGGGCGUCUGGAGCUGGGGGCAGCGGGAGUGAGUCGGACCCUGCGGCCCCCAGUGCCGUGGGCAGCAGCAGCUGGCGAGAGCGCCCGGUGAGCCAGCUCAGCCGCACCAGCAGCCCAGGCACCCAGGCCCCCAGCACCACCCCAGGGCUGCCCUCGCCACACCCCCUGACCAUGGCCCACCCCAUGGCCGGGGGGCCUCCUGGGGCGCCGCCUGUCCGUGAGCUGGCUGCUGUGCCCCCAGAGCUGACAGGCAGCCGCCAGUCUUUCCAGAAGGCCAUGGGGAACCCCUGUGAGUUCUUCGUGGACAUCAUGUGACGGGAACCGUCCUUGCCUGCACAUGGCCGCCCUGUGGGGUUCCAGCCUGGCAGGC